UAGUUACAUAUUUUUUAUUCUCAGCAAUUUACAAAUGAAAGUAAUUAUUGAGAUAUAUGAAACCAAAUUGAAUUGAAACUGUAUGUAUAUUUGUUAAGUAGAUUCUGUUAUCAAACUGUUUUUAGAUUUACAAAUGAUACAAUAGUUGUUCGUUAAAUUAUAUUAUCCACGUGUUCGGUAGAUGUACCAAUAAUAAAAUUUUUAGGUUAAACGAUGGUGAGACAUAAUAAUCAAUUGCCGGAAAAUCUUCCACAACUGCAAAAUCUUAUCAAACGGGAUCCAGAGUCUUACAAGGAAGAAUUUCUUCAACAACAACACCAUUAUAAGUCUACUUUGGAGGUGUUUUGUCUAUCGCCUAACAAAUUCAACAAGAGUCUCGAUGAAAUAGUCACCUUCUUGGCACAGGUGGCACACUGUUAUCCAAAUGCUUUAGAAUCAUUUCCCCAGGAAAUUAUCGAUGUACUACAGGCAUAUAAUGCGGUGCUUGACAAUGAAAUGCGAUUAACAUUUUGCAAAGCCUUGAUUCAGCUUCGUAACAAAUCUCUUUUGGAACCCACUGUACUUCUUAGUUUAUUCUUUCAACUCUUAAGAUGCCAGGAUAAAAAUCUGCGACAAUUUCUUCAAGCGCAUAUUAUCGCUGACAUUAAAAAUGUUAAUGCUAAACAAAAGAAUGCAAAGCUUAAUACAACUCUUCAAAACUUUAUGUUUUCCAUGUUGAAAGAUUCUAAUGUUAGAGCCGCAAAAAUGUCUGCAGAUAUUAUGAUCGAAUUGUACAAUAAAAAUAUUUGGAACGAUGCGAAAACCGUAAAUGUUCUAGCAACAGGAUGUUUUGCUAAAACAACAAAAGUUAUGGUCGCUUGCUUAAAGUUCUUUGUAGGAACAACUUUGAUAGAAGAAAAAGAUGACGAUAGCGAUAGCGAUAGCGAGCCAAACAUUAAAGAAAUUGUAAUGGCUAAUAGAGUAAAUAAAAAGACAAAGAAACGCGAGAAACAAUUAGCGAAAGCGAAGCAGUUGUUGGCGAAGUCUAAAAAGAAAGCUUCGAAAGCGCCAGGAUUUAAUUUCUCAGCGUUACAUUUGAUUCACGAUCCGCAAGGCUUUGCGGAGAAACUGUUUAAACAAUUGGAAAAAAAUAACGAUAGAUUUGAAAUUAAACUGCUAACUUUAGAUGUAAUCUCUAGACUUAUCGGUUUGCAUAAUUUAUUUCUAUUAAACUUUUAUCCGUACCUACAAAGAUUUCUACAACCACAUCAAAGAGAGGUAACAAAACUUUUACAAUUCGUCGCCCAGUCAUCUCACGAGCUCGUACCUCCUGAUGUAUUGGAACCUGUUUUGAAAACUCUGGCAAACAAUUUUGUUACGGAACGAAAUUCUGCCGACGUUAUGGCUAUUGGUUUGAAUGCCAUUCGAGAAAUAUGCGUGCGGUGUCCUUUGGUCAUGAAUGCAGAUUUAUUGCAAGAUUUAGCACGAUACAAGCAUUACAAAGAACGUAGCGUAAUGAUGGCUGCACGUUCUUUGAUUGGUUUAUUUAGAUCUACGAUACCAGAGCUACUACAUAAAAAGGACAGAGGACGGCCUACAGAGGCAACUAUUACUUUGGCAGUUCCAAAAUAUGGACAAAUAUCUGCCAAUGAUUUUGUUCCUGGUGCUGAAAUUUUGCUUGACAAUAAAUUAGACAAGUCUGAGGAAACUUUUGAGAUUGACUCAGAAAAUGACGAUAGCGAUGAUGAAUGGGUUGAUGUAAGUCAUAGUAGUGACGAAAAGAGCAUUGCUGAUGACGAUGAAAAUGACGAUGACGAUGGUGAUGGUGAUGGUGAUGAUAAUGAUAAUGACACUUCUGCAUCAUUUCAAAAAGAGAAAGAUGAUGGAGCAAACGAACACGAUGAGUCAAAAGCAGAGAUUGUAGAUACAAGAGAGGUCGACAGUGCACAAAAUCAAGAAAUAAAUAAAAAGAUGAGCAAAAUUGAACGGAAGAAACUGAAAAUGAAAAAGCAGGAGGAUUUGAAAUUUGAAAAAACACAGGUGGCAACGGCAGAAGAGAAAGGAAAAGCAUCCCUGAUAUCUACGGAACGGUUAUUAACCGAUGAAGACUUCGUAAAAAUAGAUAUGGCACUCGCAAAGCGACAAGUAACGUAUGCUAAACGCGGCACAAAGAGGCCUCACCCAAAUGACAACGAACGUAGCGAUUUUGUCAAAUUAACGGAUAUUGAAAACAUUUAUAAAAAACGAAAACACGACAAGCAAGCUCGUAUCGAAUCUGUAAAGAAAGGUCAAGAGGGAAGAGAAAGAUUUGGUUACAAAGAUGGUCGUCAAAAUCCGCUUUGUAGUACAACGAAUCGCGAAAAGAAGAAAAUGAAAGCUUUUCAAAUGUUGAAGCACAAAGUAAAAGGAAAAGUAAAACGAUCUUUCAAGGAAAAACAGAUUGCUUUGAGAAAUCAUUUAUUAAAGCAAAAGAGGAUGAAGUAACUACAGAUGUGUGAGCAUGUGUACGUAUGUAUAAGUACAUGUAUGUGUGAGACUGUGUAUGUACAUAAGAGGGCGAACAUUGAAUUAUAUGUAAAAUCAAAUUAUAUUGUUUAUGAA